UAGAUAAAAUGAAAACUCCACUUAGCCAGAAGACGGGCUUCUUUGCCGAAUACUAUCUGAAGCUCAAGGAUCAGGCGGGCGCCAAUUGCGAAUCGGAUAUCUCCAAGUUAUCUGCCUGCAAGAGCGAUGAGGAGCGCGUGGCCUAUGUGGAUGGGCUGCCCUGGGUGCAGGCGGGGGAUGCCAACCUGGUGGUGAACCAGGAAUUCGCCGGCAAGAACGCAUCUCUGGGGGCGGAGAUCAAGGAACGGGCGACGGCAGCCUUUAAGGCCAAGAAGUGGCUGGAGGCCAUGAUGCUCUACACCCGGAGCUAUGUGGCUCUGCCCAGUGAAAAUGUUGCCGAGAUACGUAUUGUUUUGGCCAAUCGCUCAGCCACCUUGUAUCACAUGCAGAAAUAUCAAGAGUGCCUGAUUGACAUUAGAAGAGCCCUAGAUCUGGGUUAUCCCAAGGAUUUGAUCUAUAAACUGUACGAGCGACAGGCUCGUUGCUACAUGGCCCUUAAGGACUAUCCCCAUACCAUUGAAUCAUUCAAAAAGUGCAUCACGGCCAUGGAUGACUCCACAUUGACCUCCGACAAACGGGCCAAGCUCAAUCUGGAUGCCAUGACCAUGAUCAAGAUGCUGCAACAUGAUCCCCGGACGGCCAAGCAGGAGGCAAAGCAGUUAAAGCAGAAGGUUGCUCUGGAUCAGGCCAGUCCUGUAAAGUUGGAGGAUGAGUUCGUGAGUCCGCUGGUGAGGAUCGAUAGCAAUCGUCAGGAGGGUCGAUUUGCCCGAGCUUCAGCGGAUGUUCGAGCUGGCGAAGAGUUGUUAGUGGAGCGACCUUUUGUCUCUGUUUUGCUGGAGAAGUACGCCAAGACCCACUGCGAGAACUGCUUUGUUAGGACUGUGGUUCCUGUGGCCUGUCCUCGCUGCGCCGAUGUUCUCUACUGCUCGGAGCAAUGUCGUGAAGAGGCCUCCAAGAAGUAUCACAAGUACGAGUGCGGCAUAGUGCCCAUUCUCUGGCGAUCGGGUGCCUCCAUUAACAAUCAUAUUGCCUUGAGGAUCUUUGCCAGCAGGCCUUUGGAUUACUUCCUCAACUUGAAGACAACUAUUGAUGAGGAGCUGACCCCAGAGCAGCUGGUCAGCCUUCCCAAGGACGACUUCCGUAGGGUGGCUCAAUUGGAGAGGCAUCAGGGAGAACGUCAACCGUCCAACUUCUUCCAGCACGUCCUAAUGGCUCGCUUUCUAACUCAAUGUCUUCGGGCCGGAGGCUACUUUGGUUCGGAAGCCAAUCCCGAAAAGAUAUCCAUCAUUUGCUCUUUGGUGCUGCGUAGUCUGCAGUUCAUCCAGUUCAACACCCACGAGGUGGCAGAGCUUCACAAGUUCAGCUCCUCGGGCCGCGAGAAGUCUAUCUUCAUAGGCGGCGCCAUUUAUCCCACCUUGGCCCUGUUCAAUCACUCUUGUGAUCCCGGAGUGGUGCGUUAUUUCCGCGGCACAACCAUCCAUAUAAACAGUGUGCGGCCCAUCGAAGCUGGACUGCCGAUCAACGAGAACUAUGGACCCAUGUACACGCAGGACGAGAGAUCAGAUCGCCAGGCUCGUUUGAAGGAGCUCUACUGGUUCGAGUGCUCCUGCGAUGCCUGCAUUGACAAUUGGCCUCGAUUCGACGAUCUUCCCAGGGAUGUCAUACGUUUCCGUUGCGAUGCCCCCAAUAAUUGUUCUGCGGUGAUUGAAGUGCCACCCAGCUGCAAUGACUUUAUGGUCAAGUGUGUGACCUGUGGCGAGAUUACGAACAUCCUUAAAGGUUUAAAGGUCAUGCAGGAUACCGAGAUGAUGACGCGCACAGCCAAGAGGCUCUACGAAACUGGGGAGUACUCGAAGGCCCUGGCCAAGUUCGUUGAUCUCAUCAGGAUUAUGUACGAAGUGCUGGCCCCACCAUUUCCCGAUUUCUGCGAGAGUCAGCAGAAUCUUAAGGACUGCUUCCUCAACUUGGGCAAUGUCUACACUCUGGAUUAGAGGAAAUGCCUA